UAUAAAAAAAGCUUUUUGGUAAUGAUACAAAACACACGAUCGAUAUAUUCGCUAUAUAUAUAUAUAUAUAUAUAUAUAUAUAUAUUAAUUCAACUUUUUACCGCUACGUGGCUCUGGCUUAGAUCAACAUAACCUAUUUUAUAAAUGUGAAUUGCAGAGUGAUAUUUUAAAUGGCAAAUAUUUUAUCUUAAAGAUUUAAUAUAUCACUUUGAUAUAUAAAUCAUGGGUAAUAAUAAUAAUAGAAAUUUUAUGUUUAAUUUAAUAUAUAAGUAAUGUCUGUGAAAUUAUUUUUAACAGAAAUAAAUAAAAGGCAAAAGUUAUGUCAUAAUGUAAAUGACAAGUUAAAAUCAUUAAUUGACAUAAUUGAUUGGAAUUAUUUGAAUAAUAUAGCAAUAGAGUAUCAUGAUUUAAAUAAAAUUUAUGCGAUUAAAUAUUCGGAACUUAAUGAAGCAAGGAAUAAAAUUGUCUCAAUGUUAAAGUUUAUAGAAAAUUUUGAAUUUAUUGGUAUUAGUAUUGAUGUUCCAGAAUAUUGUGUACCUGCAUUAAUACUAGGAAUAAUUACUAAAGGUUUUGGCUUUGUUAAUUUACCUUCAGACAUAACAGUAUAUAACAAAUUUUUGUCUACCUUGUACAUAAAAUAUAUUUUUCUAUGGCAUCCCAUAGAUAAUACAGAAAUUAUUUGCAAAUUCGAGUUACACGGUGUAUAUUUGUAUCUUUUAAAAAUGAAACUAGCUCAGGAACAAUAUAUAAAAAAUAUUGAAAGUGGUUAUGCUUAUGCCAUUGCAACAUCAGGAUCAACUGGGGAAGAAAAAAUUUGUAAAGUGUUUCAUUCCUGUAUAAUACCCAACAUAAUAGAUCUAAAAUUAAUUUUAUCUAUCACAAAGUCUGACAAAAUUGUACAAUUGACAAAUUUUACAUUUGAUCCUAGUAUAAUAGAAAUAUUUUUAACUUUUCAUUCAGCUAGUACAAUGUGCAUGAUAUCAAAAAGGAUUAAAAAUGAUGUUGAUAGACUUUUGGAUAUAAUAUUUUACAAUGAUGUAACCAUAUUACAAAGCACUCCAUCGCUAUUUCUUCAUAGAUGGUCAAGCGAACGUCUUUCCAAUACAAUUCUUGGAAAAGAUAGUCCAUUGAGAAUUAUACUUUUAGGGGGUGAACCAUUUCCCAAGAUAGAUCUACUUAUUGCAAUUAAACACUUUGAUAAUAGAACUCAAUUUUUUAAUAUAUACGGUAUAACCGAGGUAUCAUGUUGGGCCAGUAUUAAUAAGAUUAUGUGGACAGAUGAAGAAAUAGAAUCAUCUUAUCUCGGUACGAUCUUAUCCGAAACUAUAUUUCAAGUUAGAAAUGAAGAUGAUAGUAUAGUGUCAAAUGGAGAUGGUCAUCUUUACAUUGGAAGCAAUAGUAGAUUAUGUCUCAUUGAUAAUGAAGUUUUGCAAAAUAUAAAAAGACCUGUAUUUCGUAAUACUGGUGACAUUGUACAUAUCGAUAAUAAUGGACGAAUGUUUUAUAAAGGAAGACAAAAUGAUAUAAUAAAACGAUAUGGAAAUAAAUUAAAUUUAUUAAGACUGAAUGAAACCAUUAAGAAAUUAAAUUUUGUACGCAAUUGUUAUUCUUGGUGGGAUCCAAUGAGACAUAAAUUACAUUUGUGUAUACAUGCCAUAACAAAUGGAAUUGCUAUAUGUGAAUUAAGAAAAGAUGUAAUAUCGCAUUUAGAAAAAUUACCUGACAUUUAUAAACCUGAUAAAAUUCACUUUAUCAAAAAUAUUGAACUUACAGAGAAUGGAAAGAUUUCUAUUAAAUUCUUAGAGAAAAUAUGUACGGAAGAUAGAAUUAUUGUAUCGAGUAAUCGUCGUGAUACAAUCGAAGAGAAUUUUGAAAGCGUAUGGAAUAAUUAUUUGAAUUUUAAAACUGAUGGAUUUAUAAAAUUAGGCGGAACUUCUAUUAUGGCAUUACAAAUUUCAACGGAGAUUUGUGAACUUUUAAAUACACAAUUUCCAAAUUUAAUUGGUAUGUUACUUAAAGAUGCUACAUUCGAGGAAUGUCUAACAUAUCUUAAAAAUAUUUUAUCGUUUAAUACACGCAAUGAAAUUGACGUUUCAACAAAUUACACGCCUAUACAUACCUAUGUAACUAUGGAUAAAAUAUUUUCAAAUGAUACGUAUAAAAUAAAUGAAGAGAACAUAUGUUUAUGGCAAAGAUGUAAAGGAAGAACGUACACACAUUUAUCAUUUAAUGAACGAACAUUAAAGUCUGAUAAAAAAACAAUAUCUAAUAUUCGUAUUAAAAAUACAUUUGAUUUACUUAAAUGUGUUGAUGCAUCACCAACUAUAUUUCGUUAUAACAAAAAAACAUUUGUCACGGUUGGUUCUCAUUCGGGUAUAAUUUGCACCGUUGAACUUAAACCUGAUGAUAAUAGCGUUGUAUAUAAAAUUCAACUUCCAAAUAGAAUUGAAUCUUCUGUUGUAGUUUUAGAUAAUUUUAAAGGUAUUGUUGGAUGUUACGAUGGUCAUAUUUAUUGUUUUUAUUUAAAGACAGGCGAUAUUAUUUGGAAAUAUCAAACAAAAGAUAUAAUAAAAUGUACAGCUAUAUUAUCUGAAUCAAAAGAUAAGUUAUUCGUUGGAUCUUAUGAUAAUAAUGUGUACUGCCUUUCUACUGAAAAUGGAGCAAAAAUUUGGAGCGUGAAAGGCAGCGAUGGAAGUAUUUCAGCAAGCGGAUGUUUACAUUCGCAAACAGAAUCGGUAUUAUUUGGAACUUUGGAUGGUUCUUGCAUAGGAAUAAAUCAAUCGAGGGGAAAUAUUUUUUGGAGGCAUAAAUUAAUAAAUCCAAUAUUUGUAUCCCCUAUUACACUUAAUAAUGGAUAUGUAAUUUUCUCUACCGUAGGUGGUACAUUGAUCUGUUUCGAUAUACAAGCCGAUACAAAGUUAUGGACAUAUCAAAUAAAUGGCAAUAUAUUUGCAUAUCCAAUAAAUCAAUAUGAUCCAAUAAAAAAUUGUGAAAAUAUUAUUAUAGGAUCUUUAGGAAAGUGUAUAUAUUAUUUGGAAUUAAAUCCAACGAUAGAAAAGACAGGACCAAUUUUAAAAUAUAUUAAAAAUGUACUCUCACCAAUUUAUGCCACUCCUUGGUGCGAAGAUGGUAAUAUAUGUAUUGCUUGUACAGAUGGUACAUUAUACGUCUGUAAACUUUCCCAAGGAGAUGUAUUAACUAGUAUAAAACUUGAUGGUGAAAUUUUUUCAUCGCCAGUUUUAGCAAAUGGAUUAAUCACGGUUGGAUGUAGAGAUAAUAAGCUCUAUAUUUUAGAGCAAUGCGAUAUUAAUAGAAUAAAUGAAUGAAUGAAUGAAUGAAUGAAUAAAUAAUAGAAUAAAAUAAACUGAUAUUAAAUCAAUAUAUUUAUUCCAUA